AUGUCAGGAUUAGAUGAAUGUGAAAAGAAUGGAAUUGUUAUAGAAGUUGUAAAUAACAUAAUAAUAAGUAAACCAAAUGUAGAAAUAACACUAGAUAUGGAAUUACGAAAAAUUGGUCAAAUAUUACACAUUGUCGAGAAUUAUAUUGUUAUAGACUCAGAAUUAUCAGGAGAAUUGCAAGUUUUAGAUAGUGAUA